AUACUAUCAAGCUAAUUAGUGAUAAAAUUAUGAUGAUAUAAGCAACCUUUAUUAUUUAUUCCAAACAAAAUAUCACCUCACGCAUAUAGCUUAUAUACUCAUAAAUACAGCUAUAAUGUAUUAUUCGGAAAAUGAAUGAAGGCUCAACAUUCUAUAUUAUAUUGGUAGGGAUUAGAAAAGAAAAUUCGAAUUCUUUUAUUAUGAACAAUUACACCUGUGACUUUCUGAAUUGAACCAGAAUAACUCUUAAAUUUCCACACAAACAAAUGUAUAAUUUAUAAACAAGACCACCCACUAUGAUUUCUUUAUAAAAAGUACUUUUAAACUUUAGACAGUUCUCAGAUUUCUUUGCGUUAUAAUCUAUAAUAUCUACUUAAUAAUCCUACUGUCUUUUCUCACGGCAGAACUUUACAUAGAGGAAGUGCAAAAACUUGAUAAAUUUGCAUAUAUUAAUUUUGUAUUAAUAGUAAUAAAUAAUUUAUUACUAUUUGCAAUAUUAUUGCUUAAAGGUAACUAACAGUAGUUAGCUCUUUAAGUUUAAUGAACGAACAAGGUGUAAAAUGUGGAUUUCUCAAAAUUGCUUUUGCAAAUUUUAAACUUUUUACCAUUUAAUAACAUUUAAUUAUCGAACUAUAUCAUAAAUCGAUUUAUUAUAUUAAAUCAUGCCUUGGAACCGUUAGACCUAAGUACUACCCCGAGAGAUCGUGACCAUCCAUAUCACUGUAGACAAGUGUACUAUAGUACCACAAAUUAAAGGAGCAGGAACGAAAGUCAAAUAAUAUCAUCAAUAAGGUCAAUUUGUACAUCUACUCUAACCAGAUCAGGAUACUGUCAGAACUCUCACAAAAGGAAUUUCCUUUCAGCUUGAAUAACCUUGAUCGAUAUACAGAAAGCGUUUAUUCCUUAUACAGGCAACGGAGACUAACACACGAUGACUUAAAACAAUUCUGAAGCAAUGUAAAUUAUCGUACAUCAUGUAAUACCAUGGUUUCCAUUGCAACUUUGAAUCACUCGAGUUGGAAUAUUUGAAACUGGCCUGGCAGUAAAAAUUUGUAUUAUCAGGUGCUUUCGUUUUGGAAGACUUUUGGUUAGAUUUGUAGAUCUCUUGGUAACUGUAGGCCUCAUACGUAUCUGACCUUUUACAAAGGGUAUAGGACCAUGUAAAGGAGCUUGUAAACAACGUUUUCAUAGAGGAUUAACUUGAAAUCUAUUUGACCAUCAAGAUACUGUUCAAUGUAUAUAGUUCUAUAGUGACCCCAAUCUCUACAAAAAGAACGAAUGACUCUUUAUACAAAAAAAGUACAACCACAGGAUUCCUCAGUUUUAGUGGUUGUGGUUGUGUGCCAGUUGUGGUUGAUUUACCUAUGUCACCACAGAAUUGUAUAUUAACUAAUAUACUUCAAUAGUCUUAAUAGUUCAGCUGCAGAAUAUCACACAUCGGUUAUAUAUUAUUACUAGUCAAUAUUAUAUUUUUCUAGAUUUUUCUGUGUACUUUUAGAAAGUUUAUUUUUGUAUAUCCAUAUAAGGCAAACAAAUUUAAGUAUUAACCUAAAGAUAUUCAUGAAGCCUAUUAUUUUUCCAGAACACAAGUCCUUCAAUUCAGGAAUUCAAAACAUAUAACCAAUUAUUUUCAUUUUUUUAGUAAAUAUAUUUAUAUUAUUCUGUAAAUGUUGCUAAAAUAUUGAAAACGUAUCAGGAAAUGUAUCUGAAAUACAAGAAUAUCUGCACAUGAAACUGCAAUAAAUAUUUUAUUUUGAAAUGACAUGUUUAGUUGUGAUGUUUCACAUUCUGACGAACACGAGUCUGUGAAUCCCAUCGGUGUAAUAAGAGAGUGCGGAAAUAUCUCGCCCCACCAACAAUCUGAGAAAAACAACACAAUUAUUGCAAAAAUUCACUUUUAAUAAAAGCAUACAUUCAUUGAAUUCUAUUUUUAUUCCUCACAUUUUUGAACUCAACAACUUAUUUCAUAAGAUGUGGUAGACGUGAAAACCCUAAGAGCGUAACAAAAGCCUCCUGAUAAACAUACUUAUGGCUCAGAGUCCGUUUUAUUUACAUAUUUAAAAAUAACACAAUAUGUUAAUUUAGACUUGAUAUUAUUCACUCCUACUUGUUUACUUUAAUAUUCCUGGAGAUUACACUGGUGGACCGCUGCCCAGUCAUAAAGGAUAGAAAAGUUUAAUAUGCUAGUUAAUUCAAGUUGUUAAUUCCAACACGACAGACACGAUUAUUAAUUAAUUACCUGCAUAUAUGCUAAUAAUUAGAUGACAAGUUAGACAUAUGAUUGUGGGGGAAACUUUUUUUACUUGCCCAGUUAUGUUCAUCCAAGUUGGGCGGAGCCGUGAAAUUAGGGAGAUUAGGAGAUUGGAUAGAUAUCUUCUUCUUCAGGUGUUAAAAAAUCUUUCUUAUUUCACCCUAAGAAAACAAACGAACAGAAUUGAAGAGAAAUUAAAAAAAAACCAAGAAAUAUAUCCUUGCGUAACACUUUUAUAAGUAAAAGAAGCUUAAUUAUGAAAUACAAAUGGCACACGGGACAGUUUUUCUUAUAUAUAAUUUUUAGACACCUCAUGGAAUAUUCUGUGAACCGCAGUUCUAUGAAACGAGCUAUAUGUAAAACAAGUAAAAAAUUAAUUCAAGAAUACAAGCGCUCCUCGCUCGAUGUAGUUGUAAAAUUUACAUAUUUUAAGAUUCUUUAAUGCGUGGUAAAUUAGGUGCUUGCAAUGAUAAUGAAUAUGACUUUCUUGGGCCUAACAUAAGCAAUAAUGUUUAUUGCUGAAACAUCCAAUAAUUACAAACACGUAUAAAACAAGGAAAAUAAUUAAAUUUAGGACUGUGAGACAUUUUUAACUCAGGAAAAUUAUGCUAAAAGUUUAGUCAGCAGUAUUUAUACAUUUAAUAUUUAUAUAAAAAAUGCUCUUUAUAAUUUUCUACAAGUACCUCAAGUCAAAACUUUCUAAUUUGUGGGACACUGUGUACCAGAAGGAAAAGGAAUAUCAUACAAAUAAAAGUUCAUAACAUAACAUACAAAUAAAAUAUUUCUUAACCGGAGAAGGUAAGGUAUCACAUGUUGCUAUCUUUUCGAAGUAUCAAAAUAUGUAUGUAUAUUAUUAAUUUAAUUGCUUAAUUUGUAUAACUCAGUGGCAUUAAAUAGUUUUUACGAAAACUCUGAAAGUUGGCAUAUUAAUAUACUCCAAGGGUAUGUCUUUUAUAAUCACCAUACAAAGAAAUUUAAUAGUCACCACACAAAAAUAAAGGGUAAAAAUACACUCGAGAAAAGAUUUUGCGUCGUUGCUCAAAAAAAGAGAAGUCGAACUGGAAUAUCCGUAUAGCUACCCAGUGGAUACAUAAUACUUAUAUAAUUACCAAGUAUACCUACACACUUUUGUGAGACUGGAUUACGCAUGUCUUUGAGGCAAUUCUGAGGAAUUGAUUUUCUUGGAGCGUUGGAAGUGUAGUCUCGUAUGAAAAACCAUUGACAGGUGAGCUGUAACUCAUCAUUCCGGCGAUGUAAAACAGUAUCAAGGGCUUCCACGUUAUCUCCAACUAUAAUAAUAGAAACUUCAUAUUAUAUUCCAUGAGUAUAAAAAUUCUACUACGGACAGUUCCUUUAUAAACGGCAUUUCAAUUUAUCUCACUAAACAUUUUCAAUAGAAACUAUCCAAUCCGAUCUGCGGAUCUUAAUGACCCUCGGAGAAUCGAACACGUGACCUCUCGAUUAGAGGGUCGCUUAUAUAAUCUUUGCCAUCUAUUCUAUGGUAAAUAUUAUAUAAUAUUUUAUCAUAGUUUGCCUAAGAAUAGCUAUAAGCAAUAUAUCAAGACGUUGUAAAUGCUAUAUAGAUCAGUAGUUUCAUUUUCAAUUUUAGUAGAAAGCCACUAAUGUCCGUGAAUAUUACUUAUUAGUUAUUUGAAAUAUUUUACUACUGAGCAAUUAAUAAUUCAUAAUUAAUUAAUAAUUUGUCAGUCAUAAGAAGUGUAUAACAGCUGGCAACAAUUUUGACUCCUGAACUUGAAAUGUACAUAGUACACACAUUUUUUUUUUCUUAGCAAUGAGACUCGUGAUCAAAUAUAUUGUUAUCCUCAAUAUUAGAUCUACUUGUAACUAAGCUAAUAUAGGCAAUAUUAGAUCGAUUUGAAUGAGGCUUCUCAUUUCCAUAAUAGUCGCUUUAUUAAAAUUUUCUAGUAUAUUGUUUCAUAAUUUAACCCAUAUUCAAGAUUGUGUAAACUAAACUCACUUACAGUAAAAUAUAUUUAAUAUAUCAAUAUGUCCCUCGACGCAGGAUUUUGUUCCUUGUAUGGUCAAAAAAUUUAAUAAUCUGAAACAACAGCUGUUAUCAUAAUUUAUCAAUGAAGUGUUAAUUAAUUAAAAUCACCUGAUUUGUAUAAAAUAUUUACUUGUUUUCAUAUCCUGUUUAUAACCAAUAUGUGGUAUUUAUUUCAUGUGUUUUCUCGCUUGAAAGAAAAUUAUUGGAGAUACAUUUAAAAUCUCUUAUAAUGUAUAUAUAUAUUUUUUUUGUAAUCUACCACUGUCUACGUUUACGGUGCAUACAUUGGAAAUAUUGAUUAAACACAGUAGUGACUAAAAAUGUCGAGCCCGAACUCAUCAACUCGAUAUAAAAAUCCAAUGGUCACAAUCAACUUCAAGGCCAUACCCAAAGCUUGGAGAGCCAUCAGCAGAUCCUUGGACUCUGAAGACCUGGAACAAGUUCAACAGCUACCAGCAGCCUGCCUACCGAAGCCACCGAACGAUGCAUCCUUACUCAAGCUCUUCUGUAACGAUCUAUGCAGAAAACGUCGCUUCGAGUCCGCUGAGGUCGAACUUCUAUACCAUCGCUACGUGAUGCAGUCGAAUUUGACCCACUUGAGACAUCUCCUAGGAUUGAUGACAGCGUCAUGUCUAGUCCUGGAACCGGGCUUUAUCCUGAUCCAGUUCGUGAACCCGGAGGAGCAGGAGGAAGAAGGCGUAACAAUCCGUUCCUUAGUAGUCAUACUAGUCAGUGUGACCGUCUACAUUUGCUGUUUUGUUGGGCUAAUUCGAUUAGACCUGAAGGGAAUGCCUAUGACUCUCCUCUCCUACUUGCUGAUCCUGACAUUCAUCCCGCAGGAAUUCGUUUUGUCCUACACGCCCUCGCAUCUGUGGGUUACCGUAUGCUACGUCUACAUAAUCAAUGCGUUGCUGCCCAUCCGACUACAGGAGGCCCUCAUCACCAGUAUUAUCAUCACGUUUAUGAACUACCCCAUUCGGUAUUUGAACAGUAAAAAAUCCGCAGAACCUGUCUUCCAGUUAAAACAGGAGAUCACAAAUUUACUGCUCAUCUCGUGCGUCAUCAUUAUUGGCGCUAUGACACAUUUCACCAGUGACUUGGCGAAGAGGAAAGCUUUUACCGAGACUCGGCACUUUGUCGCUGCCAGGAUUGCCAUUCAACAUGAAACCAGGAGACAGAAAAAGCUGGUGAUGUCUGUGCUGCCAGAACACUUGGCCGAAGAGAUGACUGCGGAUAUUGCUGCUGUCUCGGGUACUGUCAACGAGAUGCAGAGUCUGAUCUAUAUCAAGAGCUACGAUCCUGUCAGCAUCAUAUUCGCUGAUAUCCGCGGAUUCACGGCGAUGGCAGACAGAAGUCCCGCCCAGCGUGUAGUUGAGCUUCUCAACGAGUUAUUCUGCAGGUUCGACAGACUGGCCGCCAAGAACAGGUGUCUCAGGAUCAAACUGCUGGGCGAUUGUUACCAUGCCGUGUCGGGGUUACCCAUCCCCACUCCCAACCAUGCCGACUACUGCGUCAUCCUGGGCCUCGAGAUCAUCGACACCAUGCACAACGUGCGGGAGAAGUUUGCCUCAGACGUGGGGAUCAGGGUGGGUAUACACUCGGGCCAAGUUAACUGCGGAGUGCUGGGUCUCAAGAAGUGGCAGUUCGACGUUUGGUCGAAGGACGUCACCCUGGCUAACUACAUGGAAAGUGGUGGAAUGGAUGGGUUAGUUCACAUCUCCGAGGCCACCAAAAACUACCUGUCUGACCCGAGUUGCUAUAUUUGCGAACCGGCCUAUGGUGGUGAUCGAGAACCCGCUCUCAGGAGUAUCAAUACCUACUUCGUCACAGCGAAUACACCCGAGGAGGGGCUCGAAAAUAAGCCGUCUAUAGGACUACUAACCCGAAACGAAAAUGAAGAGCUAUUUAACCUCUACCAUGCUUUGGGUACUGCAAACGUUCUGUUCUCCCCGAUGACAGCGAAGGAGAAGUCGAUCGAGAAGGAAGUGAUGGCGACCAUGAACAGCUCUAUCAACUCACGUAGUAUACGUCGCCUCAAAAAGAUCAACUGUAAGCCGAUCGUGCUUACAUUUAGGAACAGACAUCUGGAGCGAGAGUACAACAACGAGCCCGAUCAGAUGCUCCAGAUUUACUUCUUUACCGCUACUUUGGUCUACUUCAUCAUCACCAUCGUUCAAUUUAUACUCAUUCCUAUCGAUCAAAUGCUGAUCAUAUGUUCCAUAGUUGGAUUCGUGUGGACAACGCUCGCCACAGGCUUGGUGACGCUAAGCAACUGUAAAGAGAGCUUCCCAUGCAGGAUGAUAGUUUGUUUGUCCGUGAACAUAUACAGUGACAGACGCAAGGCUCAGCUCUUGGCCAUUAUAACACUCAUGAUCAUAUACGUCGCUAUCAUUCUACCUGUGCUUACAUUGGACUGCAGUGAAAAUGAAUACCUGAGAGAGAGAGCGGUUCAUCUUGUCGAUCCCAAAAUUCAUAAGGCUUUCCGGGAGAAAUGCCCAUCCUGGUAUAUGUCUUAUGUGGAGUACACUCUGCUCUAUACCAUGAUGAUAAUGGCAUUGACAAGUGCCUUUCAAAUCAUCACAUUCACGUGUAAGGCCUUCGUCAUGCUCUUUAUGUUAUUCUGCUACAUAUUAUUGUUCUUCACAGCUCCAACUUUCAAGAAGGUGUGGGACGCGAAGUCUACCGACUACUACAAGUACUACUUGAUGUUAAUCGUACUCAUAUCUUUCAUGCUGCUGAUCGUGAUCCACAGCCAACAGUCCGAGAUAAUCCAGAGGCUGGACUUUAUUUGGAAAAGACAAGCCAAUGAUGAAAAGGAGGAGGUCCAGAAGAUGCAAAAAAUCAACCAAAAGCUAAUUGAGAACAUUCUGCCUGCCCAUGUUGCCAAGAUUUACCUAGAGAAAGAUUACCAACAUAGCGUAAGUCAUCACGCUCGUUUAGUCAUCUAGGCAGAAAAAUGUUGG